AUGAGGAGAAACGAAAUCAGACGCAUUGUUGAGCUUGGGGUUCUUGCAGACGGUCUUAACUGUUGUCAGUUGUGCGGACAGCCACUACAAUUGUCAAAUUGUGUAGGGGAACAAAAAUUCGGGCUUGAACAUAUAUUGAUUAUCAAAUGCAAAUUUACAGACUGUGGACUGGUGAACGAAGUGGCAACAAGAAGCAAACACCAGACUUCAAAUGGCAGAAGUGCAUGGGAUGUUAUUACUAAACUAGCAACAGGAAUGAUAAACGGAGGAUUUGAUGAAACACAUGUGAAUUCACUCCUAGGUGCUUUAAACAUCCCCAGUGUUUCACAGAAGACUCUGAAGCAUAGGGAAAGAGAGGAUGGACAACAACUUGGACAGAUUGUAAUUGUUAUGAGUGAAAGGAGUUUGGCAGUUAGCUUUGAUGGUGCUUGGCAGAACCGGGAUACUGGGAGAGCUUAUAAUACUCUUACAGAACGAACAUCAGAUAUUGUUCAAAUUGCCGCUAUUUGUGGUGACCAAUCCAUCAACAUUCAUAUGAAUCCAAGCAAAAGAAUUUCUGAAGGUGCUUCCCAAGUAACAGGAUUGACAUUUGAAGGUGGAAUUCUGAAGCGUCAUGGACAUCUUGUCAAAUCGGUCAGUGCUGAAGAGGGUCUGAGGUGUUUUACCCAGUUUGUUGCAUCAUCUGCUAAACCAUUUUUGAUUGGACAAAAUUUUGAUGUACCAGUUUAG